ACGAACGGCAAGAGGAAGGUAAUGAAUGUAAAUAAAAUUAUGAAGAUUAACCGCUGUAAACAUUUAUAAGUCUUGCUUGAGUCCUGCUUACAAUUCAUUUAAAAACUAGUUGAUGCAAGUGAUAGAAGGGGAAUAUAAGUAGCAUCGAUUCAGCGAUUUUUCGCAUUAGUGCAAUAACAUUGUGAAAUAAUAUAUACAAUAACUGUGAAAAAGUCGUUAUAAAUAUUAUUUUUUGAAGUCGAAAACGUUCUAAAGAUAUGCAUUCCUGCAUGCUUAGAGAUUGAAACAACUUGUAUAAGAUACGAUACAUGUAUUCGACUUUAAGAGAAUAUCGUCAAAAAAUACAAGAACUAUUUCACGAAAAGGGAAAAAUGAAGGGAAAUGAAUUUCAUAAACAUGACUCCAAAAUUGCAAGAACUUGCGAAUGAUGAAGUACCGAUGAAAAAAUCGCAAGAAUCCAAUUAUAGGAUGCAAAUUGUUUGGAGAAACGUCGUUAUCUUAAGCUAUUUUCAUCUUGCCAGCUUAUAUGCUCUGUAUCUGGCCUGCUACAAAGCCAGAUUUUGGACAAUUGUUUGGUUUUUUGCCGUUGGUAUAGUCUCGAAUAUAGGCAUUACUGCUGGUGCUCAUCGAUUAUGGGCUCAUAAAGCUUAUAAAGCAAAGUGGCCAAUGAAGCUUAUUCUCAUGAUUUUUCAGAGCGUUGCUUACCAAAUGGUACGCUUUGUUGAUGCCGCUUUGCUGCUUUAUCAUACCAUCAUUAGUACCUUAUUGGGCAUUUGGUGAGUCUUUGUGGUGCGCGUGGCACCUCGCAAUCUGCAGAUAUUGCAUAAAUCUACAUGUUACUUGGCUGGUGAAUUCUGCCGCUCACAUGUGGGGUUACAAACCUUACAAUAAAUUAAUCACUCCUGUGGAAAAUGAUAUAGUUUCUCUAC